AUGCAGAAAAAGCCUAAUCCGCGUUUACCUAGUUGCCCUCGCGAUCCAAGUAGACGAUUGCAUCCAGAAUUGCCAUCUGAAUUGUCAGAUGGUGAAAGUCCAGCAACAGGCCAGACGCAAGAUCCAGAAAUUUCGACCUCUACUGAAAAUUUAGCUACGUCAGGUGAAGUAAUCCUUCAACGGAGUGAUUCUAGCAGCUCUGAAGAUCAGUCAGAUUCAGGAUCUGACAACGAAGCAGAUUCAAGACAGCCUAUACAUCCUGUUGUUCCUGUGAUAGGACAACAUCUUGUUGGAAAUCCAAGACAUCAGCAGCAACGUCAAAGAACAGCUAUGACAGCUGUAAGAAAAUUCAUAAGCCCACCUAUUUUUCGGGGUAGCCCAACGGAAGACGCUCGUCAAUGGUUAGAGCGCUACGAAACGAUUUCUACCCAUAAUGGUUGGGGCAAUGCUGACAAACGAAAUAAUUUCAGUAUGUACUUGGAUGAUACUGCAAGAAAUUGGUUCCUGUGCGCAAGACUCCCGAAUGACUGGGAAGAUACACCAGCACAACCGGCUGCUGGAGGAAACCCGGCUACACCUUUAGUACCCGGUUUACGUUCGGUAUUUUUGAAAGAAUUUCAGCCAGAUAAUUACGGUCUUUUUCAAGAGACCAGACUCAGAAGUAGAACCCAAGGAGUGGACGAGCCAACCAUUAGAGGACUUCGACCAACGCUUUUCAGAAAGAUUUAUCCGCUGAAGCCUAAAACAUGCGAAGAAUUUUUGGCACUAGCAAAAUCCUAUACAGAAGCAUCACUCAUGUCAGAUACACGAGGAUGGAAGGAUACCACAGCGGAGCAGCAGAAGCCUCACGAGCAGUUACCAAACCUAGCGGUGGUCUACCCGGACCAGCAAGCAGAUCUUAUGAAGACGAUGCGUGAGUUAAUUCAAAAAACUUGCGAGAAGUUAAUUUCAAAAGAGAAAAACGAGCAAGUGAAAUCGAAGGGACCUUACAAGCCAAAAGGUCGCACUAUAAGUGGAAGACCGCAAUGUUUCUAUUGCAAAAAAUCAGGACAAAUUGCUCGCAACUGUUUCAAGAAUCCAGAAUCUGAACAGUACAAAGGUCCGCCCAAGGAUGGAGCCGCAGGAGCGACUUCAAAAGGAAAUCUUCCCAUCAACUUAACUGUUCCUCAGACGUUAGGAGAAAAAUCAGACCAUCCAGAAACGUACGUGUUCAACUUGAAUUCCGCAAGAUUAAUUAAGGAAACAGUAAGAUGUGGUAAAGAAGCUGCAACAGCCCUCAUCGACACAGGAGCUGCUGUCACAGUAAUUUCGCCAGUAUUACUAAAAAAAACGGAAUUUGUCAAAAAACCUCUUAGUGGACCGAAGAUUCGCCUCGUAAAUGGUCUAACUCUGGCACCUCAAAGUACAGCAGACAUAGUAGUAACCCACAGAGGCAUAACUAUAAAAGGUAACGCAAUAGUCAUGCCAAUGUCAGGUUUUGAACUACUGUUGGGAAAUGAUUUCCUACAACAAUUUCGAGCUAUCCAUAUUGACUACGAGUCAGAAGAAUCUUCAUUUACGACGGGGAAAUCGCCGCUUGCAGAAAUUACUUCUCUUCAAGCAGAGCAAUCACAAGAAAAUCGGCUGGUCUCAAGUGAUCGUCAAGAAAUACCAGCAUACACGGUGAAGCAAAUUCCAGCAACUGUUUUUAACAAAAUCGAAGGUUCAUGCAUCGUGACACCAUCAGGCCCCCUGUUGGCAACAACAAGCCUGUCUACUGGUCACGCGCUUGUACGAACGGAUUUGGAAAAUAUUCCAGUAGCAAAUCUGUCUCCGAAAAUGGCAUGGCUAGAAAAGGGAGUGACGUUGGGAAUCCUAGAAAAACAUUCCGAAGCUAAAGAGAUUGAAGAAGCUCAAGAAGUCUUAACAUUAGAUACUUCGGAGGAAGACCAACAUUCGAGUCUUCCUUACAAGAGUGCCUGGAAAGAACGAGCUGUUAUUCAAAAUCAAGUGGAAGGAAUGCUGCGUCGAGGAGUCAUCGAACCUUCUGAUAGCCCUUGGUCUUCCCCAGUGGUAUUAGUCAAGAAAAAAGAUGGCACAUGGCGCUUCUGCGUAGACUAUCGCAAGCUAAUCGCAGUGACGGUGAAAGAUUCCUAUCCCUUACCACGUAUAGCGGACACAUUGAGUCGGCUGGAAGGCGCCACAUUUUUCUCAAGUAUCGAUCUUCAGUCGGGGUACCAUCAAGUUCCAGUUGUUGACAGUGAUAGACCGAAGACAGCCUUCAUCACUGCAGAUGGAUUGUACCAAUUUCGUACUCUUCCGUUUGGUUUAACAAACGCCCCUGGAACCUUUCAGCGAGCAAUGGACAUCAUCCUAGCCGGACUUCGUUGGUCGACGUGCCUGAUUUACCUAGAUGACGUCAUCAUUUACUCAGCAACCUUCCAACAGCAUUUGGAACGACUUCGUCUAGUGCUGGGUUGCCUUUGUCAAGCUGGAUUGAAAUUGAAAUGGUCAAAAUGCUCAUUUAUGGAGCACACACUAAAAGUGUUGGGACAUCUUAUCUCAAAAGAAGGCGUGGCCCCAGAUCCUGAAAAGCUGGAGGCAGUUCAAAGUUUCCCAUCACAUAACGAAGGCCAUUCAACCGCAAACAAGGUGAAACGAGUACAAAGCUUUCUCGGCUUGUGUUCGUACUAUCGACGUCACAUUCAAGUGUUGGCGCAUCCCAACUACGAGUUACCAAUGGAAAUUUUCCCUGAUGCCUGUGGUUAUGGCAUAGGAGGUGUACUGGCUCAACGCAUCCGAGAAGCAGAACGUCCCAUCGCAUACGCCAGCCGCCUUCUAACAAAAUCAGAAGUGAACUAUUCAAUUACUGAAAAAGAGUGUCUCGCACUAGUGUGGUGUCUUUCCAAGUUUCGAUGCUUUGUGUGGGGUUGCAAAGUGAAAGUGGUGACCGAUCAUCAAGCUCUUUGCUGGUUAAUGAGCAAAAGAGACCUAGCAGGUCGUUUGGCACGAUGGAGCUUGUCGCUUCAAGAAUACGACAUAACCAUUGUGUAUCGCAGUGGAAAAACGCAUGACAAUGCAGAUUGUCUUUCAAGAAAUCCGCUACCAGUUGCACAAGAGCUAGAAGAUGAUCGCUGUUUUGUGGUGGGAGCAAUCACCCUCCCUGGCCUUUCCGAAACCGAAGACGAGUCAUUGGCUGAAAAGCAGAAGGCUUGCCACAAUUGGAAUCAGCUAAUUGUGAAACUCCAAAACGGAAAAUCAAGAGUUAAAAAUUUUGUAAUUCACAAUGGAAAGCUGUACAAGGAAACCCUUAAGAAUGGGAAGAACUACAGAAGACUGUAA